UUUGUUGAGCUUUCGUAGAGGGUGAAAACAUUUACACACACGGAAGUAUAGAUAAUGCGUCUUAGAACAAAAGCUGCCGUUUUAUUUAUCUAGAGAGAGAACGAUGUUAGCUAUAAUGCUAGCUGAGGAAACGCUGUGUGCAGUCUGUCCUGAUCAACGUUUGGGUUCAUCAUGUACUAUGGCAUCGUUUAUUUUAGCAUGGGAGGUGACCAUGGCCACAACAAGAUGUCCAUGCCAGACUGGCGGCAGUGGAAAGCAGAGGGAACACCACUGGAGUUCACACAGCAGAGGCUGGCAGCCAGGGGACUCAAGGAUCCAUGGGCACGUAACGAGGCUUGGAGAUACUCAGGCGGCUUCGCCCGUGCUGUGACUCUGUCUGAUGUGCUGCUGAGAGGAUUCAAGUGGGGCUUUGCUGCUUUUACUGUUGCUCUGGCUGUCGAGUACGCCCUCUUCCCACCAAAGAAGGGUGGCCACUAAUGCUCGUCAUUGUCCCUCAAAGCCUAGUCCAUAAUGGAGUCUAAUAAUCUGUAUUUUCUGUUUAUUAAAUAUCUUUUUGAUCACCUCA